CUCGAGCGGUUCGGACGUCCCUGAACCAGCCGUUGCUACGAUCGCGAAUGAACCGAAUCGUGACUUGUUGCGAUGUUGAAGUGAAUAAAGGAAAUGGUUUGCGUGGAUUGCUAUCGUGCUGAAUGACGGUUGAAUUAUCAGUUAAUAUUCUUGGGUAUAGUGAAACAGAGUAUGCGAGCUGAGUAGAGUGUUAAUAAAUGAACCCAAUUAAAAAUAAAUGAACCCAAGAAAAAUAAAUGAACCAACCAGUGAUAUUAAUGAAUGCUGAAGUGCGUGUGGACAGAAAAUGUACUGUUUCGGAUGAUGCCGUGUGAAUAGUUAAUGUGAGCGGAAUGAGGAGCGAGAGAUCUUGUCUCUGGUCCAUGCUGCAGGCUCUGGCUUUGCUACCGACCAUGGCUGUUAAGGAUUCUCAACCGACUACAAAGAAAAUCUCCCCAGAGGAACCAGCGUUUGAGAGGCCGAUCGGCAACCACACUUUCUUUCUGGGCAGAGAAGCGGUGCUGGGUUGUGCUGUCACAAAUCUGGGAAAACAUAAAGUGGGAUGGCUCCGAGCGGAAGACCAGACAGUGCUGACGAUGCACGAGCGAGCAGUUCUCGGUUCCCGGUACGCAGUCAGUCUGGAUGCUCCUAUGACGUGGCAGCUGCGGAUACGGCCACUCCGGGCCGAGGACCGGGGCUGCUACAUGUGCCAGAUCAACACACAGCCCACCAUGACCUGGCAGAUUGGCUGUAUUGAUGUAUUCGUACCGCCAGACAUAGUCAGCGAUGACACAUCAAGCGACGUAUCAGUUCAAGAGCUGGAGAACGCCACCCUUACCUGCAAAGCCACCGGUCACCCGCCCCCCAAAAUCACGUGGAGGAGGGAGGACCACGAGCCUAUACUGUUGAAGAAACCAUCUUCACGGGAUUUUGAUAAAGUGGAGAGCUUCGUGGGCAGCUCGAUGCCCCUGUGGCGCGUGGACCGGCGGCAGAUGGGCGCCUUCCUGUGCAUAGCUUCCAACGAUGUGCCGCCCGCCGUCAGCAAGAGGAUCACCUUGAAUGUUAACUCUCUAUCUGGGCAUAAACCAGAAGACAGUAAUCACAGAAGUGAAGAAUUAAAAACCAUUACAUUAAUAGAGAGCGAAAGAAACCGCACGCAGGAGGCGUAUGCCUCGGACGUGCUUCUCCCCGGACCCAUGUGGGUCCGAGAGAAGAGAUACGCAGGGAAAAAGUUAUUUAUCACUGCUGUUUGUUCAAUGUACGGAACAUUUAUUGCUCCAUUGUACGGCGGAGAGAAAGAUGGCCGCCUCUCUGUACUGGAGGAUAUCUGGAAGAGCGUUUCAACAAAUUCUGACAGCGCUCAUUAA